AUGACAGGUCCAGCAAGGAGAGAAGCUCUGGAGGCUUUCAAACAGGGUGCUGCACAGGUGAGUUGGGCAUUCAAACAGGGUGCUGCACAGCUCGCAGUGUUGACAGCUCGCAGUGUUGACCCCCUUCUCUUUGCUCUUCCCUCCCAUGUCUUCUCACAUCUCCCCCUCUUUCCCCAACCCGCCUUCAGUCUCUCCUUUCUCUCUCCCCACCCCACCCAUCAGGUCCUAGUAUCCACAAACGUGGCAGCACGCGGUGUUGACAUUCCCAAUCUCCCCUUUGUGGUGAAUUUCGACCCUCCAGGCAACCCGCAGGAGUACUUGCAUCGCAUUGGCCGAACAGGUCGGGCAGGGGCGUCCGGAACUGCCAUCAGCUUCUUAGAGCCUCUUGAUGAGGGAGAUCAGCCUUGUGGCGCUGCUUUGAGCCUCUUGCUCGUGGUGUGGCUUUAA